UAUUAUUUUUGGUGUUAAAAAAGAGUGCUCAACAGUGUAAUUCUUUACUGAGAACAAGCAUAAUACUACAAUGCUUCCCGAGGCACUGCAAAAGCGUCUUGCCAAGCGAGGCAUUAUUCAGGGUGGCGCUGGAGCCGCUCCGGCCGAUCAACAGACCCAUCAUCCACCUCCAUCCAGACAGCAGCAUCACUCGGAAUCUUCGUCUCAAUCGGACAGUGAAUCCCAGGAAGACCGCCGGGAUGCAGAUCUCAACAAUGAAGAAAUUAUCGCUGAGGAUUACGAUGAGUAUGAUCAAAUCAAUCCCGAGGCUUUCGAGUAUCCCAUUCAGAAGCGCAAAAUUAAUCCAGCUAUGGAUUGGUCCGAGAAGAUGAAGCAGAAAAUGGUUAAACGAUAUGGAUUUCAGUCUGUCGAUGGAUGCCAGAACAAGUACAACAUCUAUCAUCACUGUACGAUGUACUGCGUUCAACGAUACGGGGAGGUUGAAUUUGAAAUCGAAAAAGAAUACGAGAAGCGAGCAAAGCGUCUAUUGGAGCGAUAUCCGCUUCCUCGACACUGGCGUAAGGAGUAUGAUAUUGGCUGUAAAGCUUUUUAUUUCUACAAUAAAGAGACUAGAAUUGUUUCCUGGUUGCCUCCGACACAUCCGGACGCAAAAAUGACUAAGAGCGCCAAAGUUCUUCGGAAAGAGUUGAUGGAGAUUACUAAGAAUCAGGAGAACGCCAAUGAUGCAAUUCCCAAAGCCGUCAUCGUGGAAAGCUAUCCUCCGCUUCCGAAGCCGACGAACCGUGACCAAGCUAUGGUCGGGCCAAUCGGUGAAACUUUGAAACCACCGAUAGUUAACCCUCCCAAAAGACCUCAUCUCAAGCACCCGUCGAGGGAUGAUGAAAAACGGCCCCGCAUAACCCAGGGAACCAAUCGAAUCGAUAGAGAAAGAGAGCGUGACCGGGAUCGAGAUCGUGAAAGGGACCGAGAGCGCGACCGGGAUCGCCGAGAUCGUCGGGGUGACGAUCGUCGCGACGAACGACGUGAGCGCGAUCGGGAUCGCGAAAGAGAUGGUCGUGGUGGUGGUGGGCGCAGCGGAAAGCACGGCUCCAGCAGUUCGGCUGCACUCGACCCGAUGGAUCCAGCUGCCUACUCGGAUAUUCCACGAGGAACUUGGUCUAGUGGACUGGAUGUGGCAGCCGGUACGACCAGCAAGAAGGAAAAGGAGAAAGAUAAGAAGCCCGAUAAACGCAAGGCACCGCGCGAUGACGAAAGUGGCGACGAGCACGAGGUGCUAAAGGUGGCCGCCAUCAGUGAGUUUACUCAGGAUGAUGAUAAAGAUGAUUGAACGUGAAUUUUCAGUAACAAA